AUAAUCAUGAUCCUGAAGACGUUGUUGAUUGACAUAAUCAAGGUGUUCGCACAAUCGCUACUUCAUGUCGGAGUGCCGUUGCCAGUGGUUGAUAACGUAACGUUGGCCAACGAUGCGUAUAUCGUUACUAAAACUGGAUUCGUUCGAAUCAGUUCUGAUUUUAUUUAUGAGCAUUCAAUUCCGUGA